UGUCGUAAUAUCCCACAGUUCCGUGCAGUUUCAAAAUGGCGCCUGUGGUUUGUGUGCAUUGACCGAUUCAGUAAAACGAAGAAACAAGUUAAAAUCAGGCAGAAUGGCGUCAGGCUCCGGAGAAAGGCAGCACGCCAGUGUUGCAUCCCAGUUCUUCACUGGCGCGGAGGAGGCAGCCAUCGAUAUGACCACCAGUGAAAAGGUUGUAGAUCUGCUGAACCAGGCUGCUUUUAUGUCCACUGAUGAUAAACUUACUGCACUUAAACAGGUGCAAGAGUUGAUUAUUAAUAAGGAUCCCUCCUUGCUUGAUAACUUCCUGGAUGAGAUGAUAGCCUUUCAGACGGACAAGUCUAUUGAAGUGCGAAAAUUUGUCAUUGGCUUCAUCGAGGAGGCAUGUAAAAGGGAUAAUGAGCUGUUGCUGAAGCUGAUAGCGAAUCUGAACAUGCUGCUAAAGGACGAGAGUGUGAACGUCGUGAAGAAGGCCAUUCUCACACUCACUCAGCUGUACAAAGUGGCUCUGCAGUGGCUGGUGCGCUCGAAAAGUGUAUCUGAAAUGCAGGAGGCAUGCUGGGAUAUGGUGACCCAUAUGAAGGAGGAGGUUCUGGCUCUGCUUGAUUCAGACAAUGAUGGAGUUCGCACCCACGCCAUCAAAUUCACUGAAUCCCUCAUCAUCACCCUGUCACCACGAACGCCCGACUCAGAUGUACCUAAGAAGCAGGAGGGGGACAUCAGCCUUGACAGGCUCCCAAAAGACCACUCAUACAUUCGCUACGAUGUUCUCUCUGAGGAGGGGAAGUCAGCCCUAGAUAAGCUCCUGAAGUUCAUGGUACACCCCGCUAUCUCCAGCAUUAAUCUGACCACUGCUCUGGGCUCACUGGCCACGCUGGCCCGGCAAAGGCCCAUGUUCAUGUCUGAGGUGGUGCAGGCCUACGAGACUCUGCAUGCAAACUUGCCCCCAACACUGGCCAAGUCUCAGGUGAGCAGCGUGCGGAAGAACCUCAAGCUGCACCUGGUGUCUGUACUGCGACACCCCAGCAGUGUGGACUUCCACAGCCAGAUCUCCACGUUGCUGCUGGAUUUGGGCAUGGCCCAGGGUGACAUAGCCCGCUGCGCACCUGCUGCUGCCCAGCCCCGCAAGAGACCCCGCCAUGAGCCCUACAGCGAGGGCAAGAGGAUAAAGAUAGAACCCACACUGAUUGAGGAUGAUGAGGAUAAAGAAGAACCAGCUCCUGUUGUUGUGCCCAAGCCUUCAUCCACCACAGGCACACAGUCGGCCAUAGACCUCACUGCUGAGUUCCUGCUCCCUUUGCUCACACCGGAAAACGUAGCCAACCUGGUGCUCAUUAGUAUGGUUUACCUGCCCGAAGCCAUGCCAGCCUCCUUUCAGGCCACCUACACACCAGUGGAGUCAGCAGGCACGGAUGCCCAGAUCAAACAUCUGGCCAGGCUCAUGGCCACACAGAUGACUGCAGCUGGGCUUGGGCCAGGUCUUGAGCAGUGCAGGGCACGAGAUGAGGAGGGAAAAGAGGGAGAGAGCGAAGCCGGAGUGGAGGAGUCUAGCUCCAAAGACCCCAUCAUUAUCCGGAAAGUUUCUGCUGUGUCUCUGGGACAGGCCAUCUCUGUGGUGGGGGCCUAUAAGAGCCCAGCUACCGAGGAGACGCCUCAGGCCAAGAAACUUCCAGAACCCAUAAUGCCCUCCACACAGCCGAAAGCACCUGGGAGCAGUGGACGAAAAAAAGUCUUCAGAUUAGCUGAUGUAGUCCAGCCCUUGUCUGAUUCACAGCUUGAAAAGUUAACAAAUAUGGCUGUCAAACGCAUCCUUCAAGCAGAGAAAGCCAUUGCACGUAGUGGAAUGUCACAAGUUCGUGUGAAGCUGUUGGCGAGGUUAAUGACACAGUUCGAAGGGGCGAUGAAGGACGACAUGCUGCGUUUCAUCCUAGAGGAUAUGCGGGCCCGGAGUGACCUGGCUUUUUCUCUGCUGUACCAGGAAUACAACCAGUACCUGAGCCAGCUACCCUCGAGCUCACUGGACAGCUAUGAACACUGCCUUUUCGCCCUGCUGUCUGGCCUGCAGGAACGACCAGAACAGAGAGAUGGGCUGUUUACCAAGCUGGUGCUGGAAGCUCCUCUGAUUACAGAGUCUGCUCUGGAGGUGAUCCGACGCUACUGUGAAGAUGAGUCUCGCGUUUACCUGGGCAUGACCACUCUGAAAGAGCUCAUACUCAAACGCCCUUCCAGACAGUUCCAGUACCUUCACGUUCUGCUGGACCUUAGCUCUCACGAGAAAGAGAAGGUGCGCUCCACUGCCCUCACCUUCAUCAAGCGUUUGUAUGAGAAGGAUCACCUGAGAGAAUACAUCGAGAAGUUUGCUCUGAACUACAUGCAGCUGCUUGUGCACCCAAACCCUCCUUCAUUACUGUUUGGAGUUGGAGAUGACACAGAGGUGGCAUCUCCUUGGACAGAGGAAACAGUGAGGCAGUGCCUUUAUCUGUACCUCUCCCUUCUACCUCUCAACCAUCGCCUGGUUCAUGAGCUAGCUGCCGUCUACACCGAGGCCAUCGCUGACAUAAAACGCAGCGUGCUCCGUGUCAUAGAGCAGCCUAUCCGAGGAAUGGGUAUGAAUUCUCCUGAUCUGCUGCUGCUGGUGGAGAACUGUCCCAAGGGGGCAGAGACUCUGGUCACUCGCUGUCUCCACAUUCUGACUGACAAAGUGCCUCCAUCUCCAGACUUGGUGGAGAGAGUGAGGGAUCUUUAUCACAAACGAGUGCCAGAUGUUCGUUUCCUUAUCCCGGUCAUCAACGGCCUAGAGAAGAAAGAGGUGAUCCAGGCGUUGCCCAAACUCAUUAAGCUCAACCCCAUAGUAGUCAAGGAAGUCUUCAACCGCCUCCUGGGCACACAGCACAGUGAGGGUAGUUCCUCUAUGUCUCCUCUGACCCCUGGUGAGCUCCUUAUCUCGCUCCACAAUAUCGAUUCCACCAAGUGUGACAUGAAGUCCAUCAUCAAAGCCACAAACCUGUGCUUCGGUGAGAAGAACGUGUACACGUCAGAGGUCCUGGCUGUGGUGAUGCAGCAGUUGAUGGAUCAGAAUUCUCUCCCCAUGCUGUUCAUGCGCACAGUCAUCCAGUCGCUCACAAUGUACCCCCGCCUGGGCGGCUUCGUCAUGAACAUCCUCACCCGCCUUAUCCCCAAACAGGUGUGGAAGUAUCCCAAGGUGUGGGAAGGCUUUGUGAAGUGCUGCCAGCGCACCAAGCCACAGUCCUACACUGUGCUCUUGCAGCUGCCGCCCGCACAGCUGGCCAGUGUGUUUGAGCGCUGCCCGGAAAUGAGGGAGCCUCUCCUGCAACACGUCCGCUCUUUCACCCCGCACCAGCAAGCCCAUAUCCCAUCCUCCAUCAUCGCUAUUCUGGAAGCUACCAACAGAAUGCAGGAGCCUGAGCCACAGCCCGAACCUGACCACGUGGAGGCAGUGGAGGAGAGAGAGAUGCAUCUCCAGCAAGUUGGGAUGCCUGUAGCACAAGCAGAAACUCCAGCCCCAACUGUAUUUGCUGCUCAUGAGCCAGCACCUCAGUUAGGAUUGACCAGAAGGGAGGAAGAGGAGGAACCUAUGGAGGAAGGAGAGGCUGGUCCAGAAUGUCUGGAGGUAGCUGAUGAAGCCACAACACAAAUUAAAGCACUUGAAGCUGACCCAGGGCCCAACGACGUUCCUCAGGAAAAGGCAGAGGAACCAAUGGAGCAGACUUUUACUGAAUCUGCAGAUGCAAGUGACCAGCCACAAGAGGGGCUGGAGGACCGUAUAGCAGAACAUGAGACAGCAGCAGAUGCUGAAAUAAGCAGAAAGGAGGAGAACUGAAUAAAUGCACUGACGAGACUGGUGGACCAUGAGUAACUCUAAUUCAAACUGUUUCAACCAUUAAUUUUGUGUUAUCAUUCCCAAAAAAGUCUUGUUUGAAAAAUAAAAAAAUCUUCUGUA